AUGCCUACUGCAGUCAACGGUAUAGCUACCAACUCCAAUGCCAACGGAAAGGCCAUUAAAUCCAAAAACCAGCUCCGGCGAGCAAAGGCAAAAGAAAAGAAAGCGCUUGCCGCUCAGACGACACCUGAACCUAACGAAAACUCUGACACGGUGAAGCAAGAGGAGGAUGGGCAUGUUGGCAAUGUCGAGUACGUGAUUGAGCAGCUGGAUGUCAAAGAUCCGGCUCUUGAGGCCUUCUCCGACAUUUUUGCACGUUUCCAGGCUCCUCAGGACUAUGCAGAGGCAAAGGAUUCGGAGCCCACAAAAGGGGAGGUUAUCUACUCGGACCACGAUAUGGAAUCAGAUGCUGGCUCAGACGCAGAGGCGAAGAAGCCUCUUUCGAAAAAGAAACAGCGCAAGAUGGCCCGCUUGACGAUUGCAGAACUCAAGCAGCUGGUGGCGAAACCCGAAGCAGUCGAAUGGACGGAUCCUUCAGCUGCUGACCCAAGAUUACUGCUCCAUCUCAAGAGUUACCGCAAUACCGCUCCUGUUCCUGCACAUUGGAGUGCAAAACGAGAUUACCUGCAAGGGAAACGUGGUAUCGAGAAGCCACCAUUCCAACUCCCUUCAUACAUAGCAGAUACAGGAAUUGCGACAAUGAGAGACGCAGUCAAAGAGAAGGAAGCGAACAUGUCGUUGAAAGCCAAAACUCGCGAGCGGGUGCAGCCGAAGAUGGGCAAGGUCGACAUCGACUAUCAAAAGCUACACGACGCCUUCUUCAAGUUUGCAACAAAGCCAGUAACCACUGGUUUUGGCGAGAUGUACUAUGAGGGAAAGGAAUUCGAAACAUCGCUGAAAGAGAAACGACCAGGAGAUUUGUCACCGGAGCUUGUUGAAGCGCUAUCAAUCCCGCCACUAGCACCUCCACCUUGGUUAAUUAGCAUGCAAAGAUUUGGUCCUCCUCCAAGCUAUCCGACUCUACGGAUCCCUGGUCUCAAUGCACCCAUACCCGAAGGCGCCCAAUGGGGUUUCCAUCCUGGUGGUUGGGGUAAGCCCCCAUUGGACGAGUAUAAUCGCCCUCUAUAUGGCGAUGUGUUUGGAGUGUUGCCGAAAGUCACUGAUACGAACAUUGGUGAGCCAGUUGACAAGAUUAUGUGGGGAGAGCUAGAGCCAGAGGAAGGCAAGUUCAUAUUUUCAUCGAUAUUGUGGCAAAUGCUGAGAGAACCUGCAGAGGAGGAGGAAGAGGAGGAGGAAGAAUCGGAAGAGGAGGAAGAUGAAGAAGCUACUGAAGCUGCACCAGUAGACGGCCUUCAAACACCUUCUGGCCUGGAAACGCCGUCCGGAAUGGCCAGCGUUGUCUCCACAGUCGCUGGGGGACUUGAAACACCCGAUUUCUUGGAGUUGCGGAAGACAUCGGCCAGGCAUCCAUCAGACGCCUCGGAGAGUGGAUCGCGGUCAUUGUAUCAGGUUGUACCGGAGAAACAAACUUCUAUCCGCGGGCUCAUGGGUAGCGAGCGUGGGUAUGACAUCAGUCAAGUCACCAAUCCGCAAAACCUUCCUGUGCUUGGGGAGGAGCGGGGAACGAAGCGUAAGGCGAAUGGUGUCGACAUUUCUAUCGAUGCAGGCGAGAUGGAGGGCAUAUCGGAAGAUGAGCUACGGCGAAAGUACGAGCAACAUUCACGAGGUUCGGCAGGAGUGGCGGGGUCGAAAGAAGACUUCUCAGACAUGGUGGCGAAGGAAAUGGCGAAGAAGAAGCAAAAGAUGGAUCGCGAACGGGAGACAAGGAAGGGGAAGGAAUUCAAAUUUUAA